AUGGCGCGGAAACCUCUGCCAGAUCACUAUGGCGUCCUCGAGAUCCGAGAGGAUGCGGAUGAAUUGACCAUCAAAAAGGCCUACCGUCGCUUGGUGCUUCAGUGGCAUCCCGAUCGAAAUCCGGCGGAUCGAGAAACAGCGGAGGAGAAAAUCCGUUUGUUGAACAUCGCUUAUGAAACGGUGACCAACCCCAUCAAGCGGGAGACCUACGACCUUCAGCGGCACGAAGUUUGGGACUCACUGGCUGAUCGGAGAAUCUCCCCACUGAGUCGGGUGGAUCGCUUGGUUAGAUACUUAGUGAACAACCUGGGAAUGCGGCAUCCGAGCGAGCCAUCGAUGGCCGUCAUGGCGGCCUUGGUGGGACAGCAGGACAAUCUGACAAUUCCACAGUUGCUGACGUUGCUACAAACGGUCAAGAGUGUCUUGAAGACAACAGUGACACGGGCUGGACACGCUGGCAUUCCAUUGCCAGCAGGUCGCUAUUUGGAGGCGUUGCCCAACCAGGUGGCAGAGUUGCCGAGCGAUGUAGCUCAGGCGAUGGCCCCUGGUGGUUUCGCAGCUCCGCCCGCGACUGUGGAUUUGAAUGUGGUCUGGCAAACUGCCCGCACCAUUCCCUUGCGGAAUACCCAUCGCGAUGUGCAGUUGCAGAGGCAGUUGGAGAAUCAGCAGAACAUGCUCGCCGUGCAGGGAUUACCAGAUCCUCGCCUGGCAGGUUUACAAAUGGCACAGACGGUUGCAGCGUUUGCCGUUGCCCUGGGUGGACAGACGGCAGGCAGGCAGCCUGAUGCGCUGCCGAACUUGCAAAUGUUUGGACAAGCUGCAGAGCCUGCCAAGCCAAAGCCGGUUGCUGGGGUUCGUGCGUUGAUGGACAGGGCAGAGGCAUCGACGGUGCCGGCGACACAGGUUUCGGCUGAAAGCAAGCCAGAUCAGGUUGAAGGAGCCUCGCGAGAUGCGUCUGCUGCAACGACGGAUACGUCUGUGGCUGCUGCAGCGGGCGCCGAGCCACAGAUGGCACAGCUCGCUUUGGAAGACGUGCCGAGCAAGGAUACUUUGGAUGCUAGCAAGGGGACGGACGCUGGGUCGGCUGCAGGGGAUCAGCCGAUGGGAGAUUUGCAGGGCAUGCCUGCAAGCGUUCAGGAGAGUGUGCGUCGGCUUGCAAAUGCUCACUAUGGCAAAGAUUUGCCUGCUGAAGCUGCUCCAGGAGAGCCAGGUAAGACUGCCAAGAGACGUGGCAGGCCUCCGGGUCAGGCCAUGAAGCGUCCUGCAGCGAAGCAAUCUGUGGAGAAUGAUGAAAAAGACUUGCCAUCAGCUGCCUCUUGCAUGAAACGUCCUGCCAGCAGAUUAUCGGCUAAACCGGCUGCUGCCGCUCAUGUUGGCAAAGCAGCAAAGCAAAUAUUGCGCAAGAAGCCAGCAGCCGACAAGAAAUGCCAGAUUGUGACCGAGAAGCAACGCCACAAGGAGCGACCGAAUGGAUGUGCAACCUGUAGACAUACUCCUGGGUGUUGCCCGAGCUGUUGGCGCAAACGUGGCUUCACACUAGCUUGA